ACUUCCGGUGCAUUUCCGCAGCUACGGCAGCCGGAGAGGACCAGCCUCUGUAGUCCCACGUGUUCUGUCAGGUUGUAGUCAUUCAGCCAGCAGCCUUUGGGUGCCGAGAAGUUAGCAGCUAUUUGUGUUUAUAUCCUGUUUGGAUUAUUAAUUUAAGAUGAGCGGAAAAGAAGACGAAGAUUCUCUGUUUCUUGAGCACAUUUUGGAUAAACUUUACGAGUUUGAUGAUGGGCCGGCAUCAAAAAAGAAGCUCAAGUCUCAGAAGAAGAAGAAGAAACGAAAAAGAUGUGAGGAAGAGGAGGAGGAAGAGGAGUUCCCUGCAGUCAAGGAAAUCUGCUGCGACACUGAAGACGACCAAGCAGAUUGUGUUUAUACUGAACAGCAGCAGCAACCAAAGACCAAGCAAACAGGUCCAACCACUCAGCAGGUGAGUCGGGUGGAGGUUGUGACAUUUCAGGACCCCAGAAAGAACCUGAAAACCAAGCAGACGCCAGCCCCCAAAAAGACACCUGCCCCUCAGAAGAUAACAGAGAAGAAGGAAAGCGACCAGCCAGAAGAACUUAAUUUGGAAAAGGCUCGUCUUGAGGUCCAUCGCUUUGGAAUCACAGGCUAUAAGAAGGAGCAGCAGCGUGUUUUUGAACAGGACAGAGCGGUCAUGCUAGGAGCCAGACCUCCUAAGAAGGAAUACGUCAACUAUAAAGCGCUGCAGCAGCAAAUCAAAGAGAAGAAGCAGAAAGCAAAAGAGGAGGUUCAGCCGGAUCUGAAGAAAAAGAAGAAGCCGAGUAAUCAAAAGGACAAGAAGAAGAAGGUGCCCUCUGGCUCCAGUUCUGGCUCCGCCCCCUCGGGUCAGGUGGGCCGCUUCAAAAACGGCAUGCUGAUCCUCAGCACCAAGGAGAUCCAGAAAAUCAAAGGCAAGAGGGGCAAAUAGCUGAGCGAUGAAAUCCUCCAGGAGGGGAAACAGAAGCAGCCCAGAGGACGACGUGGCAUCCAGAACAGGGUGACUCAGCUCACUGCAGGACUGUCUGCAGCAUUAUGAGGACGUGGACGAGAGCUGAGCACAACGUGAGGUGAAAGGCUGAUUUCCAGAGGACUUGUCUGCAGUGAAGUAUAAGACACUGUUAGUGCAGACAGACUGCUGAGUCAAGACUUUACCGAUGGACCCUGAAUGCACCACAGCGGCAGGAGGUGAAUGCACAAAACCGGAGACUUUUGUCAAAUCAUAUUCCAUCACAGUUAAUUUAUUUUUGUUUUUAUAAAUGACAAAAAAAAAAAGAAAA